AGCGUCUGUUGUUCGCCAGCCCAACGAACGACGAUGGAGGGCAGUGAGAACAGAACUACGACGUGCUAAUAAGGACGUACUGCCGCUGCGAGACAGACGCCGCUGCAGUGCCGCUGCACGCUUGGCGCUUCGUCAACGAGACCCAAGGGACCGUCCGUGGCGCCUGUGGUUUUGUCGCGACGCCCGCCGCCAUUGGGGGCGCGUGCAGGCUCAAUUGGCCCGUUUGCCCCUGCGCGACGUCAUUCGACGGCAACGAUAGGCGACGUGGUCGAGCAAGGCAAUCAAUUGGGUGCGAGCGCGGCUUGAUGAUGAUUCGGUUGUAAAAAAGCGCUGCUGCCGCUGCCGCGGACGUGAGGUGACUGACGACUGGCAAUGUCCAUGUUCAUUGAGCUCAGCUGUUAUAAGACUUGUGAGUGACUGACUUCAGCAGGUCAUGAUCCAUCGAUCCACGCCCGCUACCUACCCGCCCCAGAAAAUUUUAAGCGUCGUCGGCCCGUCAAAUCAGCCCACCACCGCCAACCUCGAAUCGAGCUUCGUCCCUUCCUCUUCUCCUUUCAACACAUAGAGCAUUGCCGUCGCAGCUUCCACAUCUUCCACUUGCAGGUCAACUGAAUCCCAGUCACUGCCGCCGCCGCCGCCGCCAUGAAGAGAAAGGCCGAGAGCCAGGCCAGCAACGGCUCCGCGGCCACCCACAAAAAGUCCAAGACGACUAAUGGUACCAGCAGCAGCAGCAAAAGCAGCAGCACCCUCUCCGCCGACGAGUCCCGCAAGCGCUUCCGCGCCGGCCUCUUCGACACGGCCGUCCUCGAUGCCUACACGGGCGAGUACGCCUCGUCGGCGCCCUAUAAGCACGCCGUCAUCCACGACCUCGUCGACGAUGCGCUGCUGCGCGCCGUCCGCGACGAGAUCCGCGCCAACGUCGAGUUCACCCCCAAGGAGACCGACAUCUACAAGAUCCACCAGUCGGGCGACCUCGCCAACCUCGACGGCCUCGACGACGCCUCACUGGCCAAGCUGCCAUCCUUGCUCGCCCUGCGCGAUGCCGUCUACUCCGAAACCUUUCGCAACUACGUCUCCUCCAUCACCGGUUGCGGGCCCCUUAGCGGCCGCAAGACAGACAUGGCCAUCAACAUAUACACCCCGGGCUGCUUCCUCCUCUGCCACGACGACGUCAUCGGCAGCCGCCGCGUCAGCUAUAUCCUCUACCUCACCGACCCGGACACGCCCUGGCGGCCCGAAUGGGGCGGCGCACUGCGCCUCUUCCCCGUCCAGAAGCAGGAGAACAAGCACGGCGACGGCGACGUCGCCAAGACGCCCCUGCCCGACGUCGUCAAGGUCAUCCCUCCAGCCUGGAACCAGCUCAGCUUCUUCGCCGUUCAGCCCGGCGAGAGCUUCCACGACGUCGAGGAGGUCUACCACGCCGACACCAAGGAGCAGCUAAAAAAGGACGGCGGACGCGUCCGCAUGGCCAUCAGCGGCUGGUUCCAUAUCCCCCAGAUCGGCGAGGACGGCUACGUCGAGGGCGAGGAGGAGAAGAACGCCAAGAACAGCAGCCUCAUGCAGCUUCAGGGGAACCCCGCCCAGUACGACGCCCCGCGACCCCAGCCCGUCAGGGUCGAGAACCCUAAGCCUAGUCAGGGCUUUGAGCAGGCUGACCUUGAGUUCCUGCUCAAGUAUAUCGCGCCGACCUACCUGACCCCCGAUACGCUAGAGCAGAUUCAAGAGCACUUUGAGGAGAACUCGAGCAUUACCCUCGCCAACAUUCUCUCCAAGAAGUUCGCGCAGCGCCUUAAACGCUACGUCGCUGAGCAGGAGACCGUGGCGCUGCCUCAAGACAGGGCCAGCAUCGAGAAGCUAUCGGCCUGGCACGUAGCCCGCCCGCCUCACAAGCACCGCUACCUCUACCAGCACCCCAGCCAGCUGCGUUCCUCCCACGAAGAGUCGCCGCUCACCGAGCUGCUCGACAUCCUCCUCCCCAGCCGCCAGUUCCGCCACUGGCUGCAGAUCGCCACGGGCUGCACCGUCGAGAGCGCCGACGUCAUCGCCCGUCGCUUCCGCCGCGGCCAGGACUACACACUGGCCACCGGCCACGACGGCAAGCCCCGCUUGGAGCUCAACCUCGGCAUCACCCCGACCUCUGGUUGGGGCGACGAAGACGAAGAGGAAGAUGACUCUGCUCUCGCUGCUGCCGAGGCCGCCGAGAAGCACAAGGCUGCCGCGUCCAAGCCCAACGGCAAGGACAAGGGCAAGGACAAGGCUAAAGCCGAGCAGCCGGAACCCUCCGAUCCCGCCGACGGCGCCGAGGCCGACGACGACGAGGUGGGCGGCCACGAGGUGUACAUGGGCGGCGACGACGACGACGCCGAGGACGCCGCCAUCUACAAGUCGAGCGGCGACGACGACAACAUCCUCUUCUUCCAGGCCGCCGCCUGGAACAAACUCACCAUUGUCCUGCGCGACAGCGGCGCUCUCAAGUUCGUCAAGUACGUCAGCCGCAAGGCCAAGGGCGACCGCUGGGACAUUUCGGGCGUCUUUGAGGUCGAGGAGCAGGAUGAUGACGAGGAUGGCGACGAUGAGGGCGGCGGCGACCGUGGCAAUGGGGAGGGAGGGGCGCCCGCGGAUGGGCUUUCGGACGACGAGGAAGAGUUCAACGGCUUCUCCGACUCAGCGGACAGCGAGUCCGACUAGGUUUCAUUCAGUCUACUUCCCGCAUGGGCGGCAAUGUGUUUUUGACAUGUAUUGCAUGUAAAAGCGUGGUGGGUAUAUUCAUUUGGGUUGGAUGCUGUCUGCACCCCAACCGAUAGUCAUGGUUCAUUUGCCGUCGUGUACAAUGUACAUGAAAAGGCCC